AUGUCCGAUUACAUUUAUUCUUCCGAAUAUUUAUUUCAAAAAUUUCCAAAACUCAUUUGGAAAAAGGAAAUUGAAAGCGAAGAAACUCUUCCGAAGAAACUUCAUUUCACAUUGAAUCGAAGGCUACGAUGGGAAGUCGAUCUCAUCUUCAAUCAUUUGUAUAAAAAAACGUCACCUUGUAUUUUGGCGAUCGUCAGAUGUCACAAUUCGUACGAAGGACCAUUCGAAUGUGAAGCAAUUCCUUCCAUUUCAAUUAAACAUAAGGGUGUUUGUGUUCGUUCGAUUGAGCUUCUCUGGGGCAAACUGACGAAUCAGAAUAACAAAGCCGUUUGUGUUGCGCUUCGCCGUCAACCACAACAAUUUCCGUUCCAUGUAAAGUUUCGCAUCGAUAUAAAAAGAGCGAAAGUGACAGUAGUGGAUCCGUUUAAAAUAAAUCCCUACCUGAUCGACGUCGUCUUCAACAUAGAAGGCAAACGGGUGCCGUCAAAUCGAACGAUGCUCGCAAUGCAUUCGCCAGUUUUCCGGAAAAUGUUCUCGGAAAAUCCGCAAAAUGAAAUUGUACUCGAAAACGUCAAAUUGGAUCAUUUCAUGUAUUUGCACAACAUGAUCAUUCCGUUAAAUGUGCCAAUAGUUUUAGGCGAAGUUGGUGAAAUACUCGGUUUAGCUCGCCAAUUCGAAAUGAAGAUGCUUAUGAAAAAAUGCCUUGAGGAAGUAGACCUCAUUUUCAACCAUUCAUACAAAAAAGUGAUUCCGUGUGUUUUGGUGAUUGUGCGAUGCUACAAUCCGUUUGGGACAGCCUUCGAAUGCCAAGCACAACCGCAUCUCGUGUGCACCGGCGAAUUCCAAGGCCAACUGUUUAGUUGCACCAAAUCGGUUUCGGCCAAUUUCUGUCAUGACAAAUUACUUUACCAUGGUCUCUUGAUCCGUGUGUUCCAGUGGGCUCCCGGAAAAUCAUCGUUUCCCGGGGAUCUCGAAACGUCCAGAAUUUUCAACAAGAAAAUUCCCCCAGAAAAAGAAAAUUUCUCCAUGGAACUGAAUUUCGGCAUCGAUAUAAAGAGUGCAAAAGUGACAGUAGCGGAUCCGUUUAAAAUAAAUCCCUACUUGAUCGACGUCGUCUUCAACAUUGAAGGCAAACGGGUGCCGUCAAAUCGAACGAUGCUCGCAAUGCAUUCGCCUGUUUUCCGGAAAAUGUUCUCGGAAAAUCCGCAAAAUGAAAUUGUACUCGAAAACGUCAAAUUGGAUCAUUUCAUGUAUUUGCACAACAUGAUCAUUCCGUUAAAUGUGCCAAUAAUUCCAUCUGAAGUUGAAGGACUGCUUACAUUGGCAGAAAAAUUUCAAAUGGAUCAAGUUCGCAAAAAAUGCAUAAACUUUAUAAUUAAUUUGAUUAAAUCUGAUCAGCUUACUCUAUUUGAGAAACUACGGAUUUCUAAUUUGCAUAGAAGGAAUGAGCCAAGACGAGCUGGAAGAGUUUCAAUUUGCGUUUGGUUGAGAUUAAUUACAUUCUAA